CAUACAUUUGUUCUCUUGCAUUACCUAAUCCUAUCAUAUUAAAAAAAAAAUCUACCAAAUUUUUCAUGGGUGAUUCUUCUUCUUCUACUCCUCUAGAUUUUCAUGUUUUGAAUUCUACUUGUAACAAUAAUUCCUCUAUUUUGAUGAAUUCAAAUAUGGAACUUCUAAAUAGUAUAAGCCAACAACUUGAAAAUGAUCAAAAUUUCACCUCAAAUAUUCAUCAACAACAUGGUUUUUUGUCUUUGUCAUCAAAUGAUCAAAACUUCUCUAAUCAUCAUCAACAUGAACUCAACAUCAUGUCUAAUUUUCAUAAUGAUCAUCAUAUGAAUAAUAUUAGCCAUGAUGUUUAUGAUCCCGCCGUCGCGGUUGCUGCUGCUCAAUUUUUUACUUUGGGAGGUCCAAGUUAUGGAUGUACUAGCUCAAUUCCAGAAUCAGAAUCCAUGUUGAAUAGUAGUAAUAAUAACAUUAAUAUUCCAACUCCUCAUCCUCUAGUCUCUGGAAAUACUAGCAAGAAUACAAGUGAAGGGAGAAAGAGAAAAAGGAACAAUCAAAAGGAAGUUGAAAAACCAAGAGAAGUUGUACAUGUUAGAGCAAAGAGAGGCCAAGCUACUGAUAGUCAUAGUUUGGCUGAAAGACUUCGAAGGGAGAAAAUAAAUGAAAAACUCAGAUGUUUGCAAGAACUUGUUCCUGGAUGUUAUAAGACUAUGGGAAUGGCAGUGAUGUUAGAUGUAAUAAUCAAUUAUGUCCGGUCAUUGCAAAAUCAAAUUGAUUUUCUUUCAAUGAAACUAUCAGCAGCAAGUUUGUUUUAUGAUUUCAAUUCAUCAGAGAUGGAUGAUAUGGACUCAAUGCAGGGUACAAAUGGGUAUGCAGCAGCUCAAGGAAUGGGGAAAAAUAUUGUUGGAGAAGGGUAUGGAGGAUUUCCUCAAUUUCAAACAUCUUGGCCUCUUUAAUUUGACCUACUUAUCAUUAUACUUUAAUUUUAAGAAAAUAUACUCAAUUUUAUAUUAUUAUCCCUAUAAUAUGUAACAGAUAGUUAAUAUGUUUGAACUCCUAUUUAUUAUAAACCUUGAUUUCCAUAUCAA